AUGACUUCGGUCUCUACUGACGCUGAUGCUGCUGCUACUGCGAUACCUGCGGCUCCACCAGUAGUUACUAGCGAAAAGUCACGCGGAACCACCACAACCACCACAGACAAUAAUAACCUCCCACAACAAAGCACGACCACCACCGUCAACUCUGAAAAGUCCCGAUGGUGGCACCGGAUCAUCCCGCAAGCACCACAGCCCUUUGCGUGCACAAGGUUUAUCGACCACAUACCUUCAAGUCAUGUUAGAGAGUUUUGUCACUUCAUGAUACGCCAAAUACGUCAACUCAACUUCAUCAAGAUCCACUAUAUUUAUAUCCUUGUCAUCGUCAUUAUAGGAUCCGUCAUCAUUUACCCUAAUCAAAAUAUUCGCUACAUUGAUGCUCUCUUCUUUUGCAUGAGUGCUUGCACCCAAGGUGGUCUCAACCCCGUGGACCUUAACCUGCUCAACACGUGGCAACAGGUCGUACUAUACCUACUACCCAUGAUCACAACUCCUAUCUUCAUCAACACCUUUGUUGUCUUUGUACGUCUCUACUAUUUCGAAAAGGAAUUCUCGGGUAUCCGCAAACGGUCCAAGCUCGAGUCCAAAUAUCGACGUACUCUAACGCGCUCACGUACUCUUGCACGAGGCGAAGAACCAGAACAAAGCGUUCUACAAAAGGUAUUUGGUCCCUUGGGAUCCAAAUUAAAACGCAAAAUGACAGCAGAAGGGGCUGACGAUUUAAAAUACCCGCUGCCCUUAAGCUCAGAUCUUAAUGGAGACACAAUGCGCAACACGCUCUCCAACAUGAAUUCCAAUAUGCGGAGUGGAGGAUCUCUUGCACAGCAGUUUGAUUCAUUGGAUCUGGAGACUGGAAUACCCCAGCAAGCCACUGCCGAGGCUUCAACAAUUGGAUACGACGACUCUCAAAAUGGUCUCAAGUCGCAUGUUUCACCCCCACCACUAUCCAGUCGCGCCAUUUCUUUUAAUGAUCCCUUCCGACCCCCUAAACCCUUUCAAAAUCCAGGAGACAGCCCCACCGCCGCCCGUCGAACACCCCUAUCGAGCAGGUCUCGGCCGCCAUCAUCAGAUGGAAAUGAUGUGGCUCCCAACUCGGCAACGCGCGACAUUAAGUUUGGACCUCUGCCGCACCCUCCUCAUUACAAAAGACCUAACAUUGUACUGCCAUCAGAUAUUGCACGAUCUAUCAGUUUAAUGGAAAAUAGAAAUCGUGGUAGACUGAUAGAUGAUGAUGAUGAAGGCCCUGCGCUGGUCAUUCGGCGGCCACAGGAUAUUGAAGAAGAGGAGGAGCUAAGAGUGCAGCAUAAAAGUCGGCAGCAUCAGCAUCAGCAUCAGCAUCGCGGACGUGGCCGCAAAGACUACCGAUACAAAGGACAUCGAAGUCACAAAGACCACCACAGUAAAAGUCACGAGAAAAGUCACGAGAAAAGUCACGAGAAAAGUAGUCACCCCCAUAAUAAGCAUAAAGACGAAGACGACGACGAUGAUGACAAUGAAAAUGAUGGAGACGAUGAGGAAGAUGAACCUAACGGCAAAAAACACACCCGAGCGAAAACCUCCGAAUUUUUAAGAGUCCCCGGCCAUAUGCGCUCUGAAAGCUACAAGUCAAAUAACUUAUCUUCAUCAACUUAUGUGGCCGAUUCGGCACCGCCGUCGGCAACCAUGGUCGACCCGGAAUAUGAUGAAGAGGCUGUUGAGAGCGCUGACGAAAUGUCGCUGCCAAAACUCAGGCGGUCGGCAACGCACAAUCCACAGAACGUUAAGGAGAAGACCGAACGCGUAUCAUUUGGAGAUGAAGGCGAUCACGAAGGUAAGUCUCCACAUGACAGCGGUGGGGACCGGGCUGAAAAAAUGGAUAGGCGGCGUGCACGAUCACUGGAUGGUGGAAGUAAGUCCACGGCUCGCCCAGUGUUUCCGCGGGCAUUUUCUAAUUUUAAAAAGCGAUGGAACGAACAAGGAUCACUAUUAUCCCCAGACACUGGGACCACUAUGAACGUUGAAGAUAAUGAUGAUUACAGUGAUGGUGACAGUGAUGAUGAUGACGGAGCCAGCGAGCGCAGCAUUAGAAGCCAGGCUCAUCGUCGACACAAGUAUCGCUCGCAACAAUACUUUUUGAGUGCGCCCACACGCACCAUGACGAUGGACUCUGACGAAGAUGGGUCCCAAAACCUGGGGUUAAGACGAGCCAUGAGUUCCAACUAUUUAUCGUGGCAACCAACGGUUGAAGGUAACUCUGUGUUUAUAAACUUGACUCAGGAUCAAAAAAAUGAGCUGGGUGGUGUGGAAUACCGUGCACUUAAACUGCUGGCCAAGAUUUUGCUCAUGUACUAUGUGGGCUGGCACGUUAUUGCGCUUGUAAUUUUUACACCCUGGGGGCUGCAUUCUAAAAGCCAUAAGGCUUUAUUUGAAGAGAUUGCUGUGCACCGUGGAUGGUGGGGCAUUUUCACAGCAGCCUCUUCAUUUAACAAUCUGGGUUUAACACUAACGCCGGCAUCCAUGGCUAAUUUUUCAUCCUCCAUCUAUGUUCUGAUCUUUACACCGUUUUUCAUGAUUAUUGGUAAUACCGGGUUCCCUGUGUUUUUACGCUUUACCAUUUGGUUGAUGUUCAAGUUGACUGAUCCUUAUGGACGCAUGCAUGAGUCUCUGGGAUUUCUUUUGGACCACCCGCGUCGUUGUUUCACCUUGCUGUUCCCCUCUGGUCCCACUUGGUGGUUGUUUGGUGUCGUUGUUAUGUUGAAUGUGAUUGAUACCGUGCUUUUUUUGAUUCUUGAUCUUGACAACCAGGCCGUGAUUAUCAUCCCCGUUGGAUACCGCAUUAUGUCUGGUUUGUUUCAAGCUGUGGCAACUCGAACAACCGGCUUUGGCAUUUUAAACAUUGGCCAGCUGCAUCCUGCCGUGUUGGUCAGUUACACAAUCAUGAUGUACAUCAACAUUUUUCCCGUGGCUAUGUCGGUGAGGCAUACCAAUGUGUAUGAAGAACAAACUUUGGGUCUUUACCGUGCACCAACAGGGUUGCGUGUAAAUGGAUCGAGACCAGCAACAAUUGCGACAAUGGGAAUUCCACCUGAGAACAGCAAGGCAAAGAAAAUAUCGGAUGUGUCUACGCAUUUGAUGCGACAACUUUCUUAUGACUUGUGGUUUAUGUUUAUUGCUCUUUUCGUUAUUUGCAUUUCGGAUGGCGGCAAAGUGACAAGGGCCACUGAUUCUGUGCCAAUCUUCAAUAUGCUUUUUGAGGUAACAAGCGCAUACGGCACAGUUGGUUUAAGUACUGGAUAUCCUGACUCCAAUACAUCUCUGUCCGGCCACUUUUCUGUGAUUGGCAAGUUGGUGAUUAUUGGGCUAUUGUAUCGUGGGCGGCAUCGUUCGUUGCCAUAUGCGAUUGACCGUGCUAUUAUGUUGCCAUCCAAGACGAUGGAAGAAAACGAUAUAGCACAGGAGGUUAUGGUGAGCUCGCGACGCAACACGGCUUGGAAUGGGUUCCCGCGGUCGUUUACAGAAACUACAACCAUGGCGCGCAUGAAUAGUAACCCGGUGUCGUCAUACGACUACACUAGUCGGAGUGGGAGCAGUAGUAGCAGCAGUCUGAAUAGUAGUAGUAACAGUAACAGCAGCAGCAAUGGCAGCAAUGGCAGCAAUGGCAGCAAUGGAUCUGACAGGUAUGGUGUGCACCCGACGAGUAGUUACAGGGACGAAUUGACUCGAACGUUUACGACAGGGAGCCGGCGGGCAUUUGAACGGAAUGCUGGGUUAUCUCUUCGAACAAAUCAUAAUGACCAUCACCAAUUAGGGUGA